GCGAUGUUGGGUUUUAGGCCUAUGCGCGGAGAGCGAAGAGCCUGAAGCGUGAGGACGUAUCGAUGGCGUCAAGGGUUUCUCUGAAAGCGAAAGGCAAGAAUUCCAAGAGCUCCAAGGCAUCGGAGGAGCGAUCGGCGUCUCAGUGCCUGAAAGAGUGGAGCACUUGGGCAAUGAAGAAAGCCAAGGUCAUCACUCACUAUGGCUUCAUCCCCUUGGUGAUCAUCAUCGGUAUGAACUCAGAACCGAAGCCCCAUCUCUCACAGCUUCUUAGCCCGGUCUGAUCAGAUUUUGUCAGCUUAACUAUGGGCGUUAGCCCUUUUUUCCUGGCUAGUGGUCGAAUUGAUUUCGAACCUUGUUUCAUGUACUUUUCUUUCCGCAUUGUGUGUUUUUGAAUAUUUUAAGUAGGUCAUGUGAUGUGAUGAAGAUGUAAAAGAAUAAUGGAGAUAUAUAUAUAUAUAUAUAUAUAGUAUUGUCUCCAUGCUUAGUUUA